GGCCAGUGCAUUCACCCUCUUAAACCGCUCUUAUCAGCAUCAACUACUGAACUUCAGACCAGGGCGUAAACCUGCUAUACUACUCAAUUUCAACUUCAAGUAUGAAGAACACAAUCACAGCUGCCAUCUGCCUGCUUCUGCUGACUGCACUUAGCGCUGAAGGGAUGAGUGUGAGGGGACUAGGAGUGGAUCUGCGGUGUCGCUGUAUUGAGACAGAGAGCCGAAGAAUUGGGAAACUCAUUCAGAGUGUGGAGCUGUUCCCUCCCAGUGCCCACUGCAAGGACACCGAGAUUAUUGCCACUCUGAAAGAGACUGGUCAGCAGAUCUGUCUGGACACCACUGCUCCCUGGGUCAAAAAGGUCAUCGAGAGAAUCCUGGAUAACAGGAAGCCCUGAGCUGCAGGGAGAGAUUCCUCCAGAUGUUCAGCAGACUUUACUACUCCAGAUCAAACUGCACCAACAUUGUUUUCCAUUUUAUAUGAUACAAUGUAUGUUAUGAUCUUGAUGCUGUUGUUUGUGGACAAACAUAUGUAUACACACAUAUAGCUGGCCUGUGCAUGAACACUGUGUAUCUUAAUGAAGAUAAUUACUUUGUUCCUGCGCUUUAUGACAAAUUGACAUCAGUCUUUUUAAACCACUUACAUUGAGUGUUAACUUAAUACUUAAAAACUAAGUAUACAGAAUUAAUCUAAGCAGUAUUUAUCUGUAUUUAUUAUGUAUUAUUUAUUUGUUACAUAUUUAUUUAUUUAACUGAAUUUUGGAUAUUGGUUAUUUGAAGUAAAAGUGGAUGCAGCUUGCUACUAUGAAGUUCUUAAUUUUGUAUUUGUUUUUCCUGUGAAUAAAAAUCUUACUAAGUUACACUAUA